AUGGCUGCUCAGGUGGGACCUCUGCCACAGCUUAAGCUGCCUUCGGGCCCUACGCCAAUCACUGCGGAACAACGAUACUGGAAGACCUUCAAGAACCAACUUCUGAUCCCGUCACCAACAUCGUAUCCCGUCGUUCACAUCUCGGCCAAUAACGAUUCUUUCGCAGUCACCACAGGCACACGCAUUCAGAUCUACUCAAAUCGGACGCGCAAGCUUCAAAAGACUAUUACACGCUUCGGCGACGUUGCACGUAGCGGUGAGAUCAGGAAAGAUGGAAGGGUACUGGCGGCUGGUGAUGAUACGGGAAAGAUUCAAGUCUUCGAUGUCAAUUCUAGGGCGAUCCUCAAGACAUGGACGCAGCAUAAGCAGCCAGUCUGGACAACCAAGUUCUCACCGACUGAGCUGACGACCUUGCUGAGCGCAAGCGACGACAAAACUGUGCGACUUUGGGAUCUCCCAAGCAACGACCCGACCACUACAUUUGUUGGUCACUCAGACUACGUUCGAUGUGCGAACUUCAUGCCUGGCACUAUGUCCAACAUGAUUGUCUCCGGAAGCUACGACUCGACCGUCAAGCUUUGGGACCCCAGGGCAGGAAGCAACAGUGCGGUCAUGACUUUCAAGCACGCUGCGCCUAUUGAACACGUGCUGUCUAUGCCUACCGGAACCGCAGUGCUUGCAGCUGCGGGUGAAUCGAUCAGCGUUCUCGACCUUGUUGCCGCACGCCCUCUGCACAUGAUUACCAACCACCAGAAGACAGUCACUUCUCUCAGCCUCGCGUCCAAUGGCCGACGACUUGUCAGUGGUGGCCUUGAGGGUCAUGUUAAAGUCUUCGAAACGACUGGAUGGAACGUUGUCUCGAGCACCAAGUAUCAAUCUCCCGUCCUGUCUGUCAAGGUUAUCCCGUCCAGUGAUGAUACCGAUUCAAGCGACCGACAUCUAGCAGUUGGUAUGCAGUCCGGUGUUCUUAGUGUGCGAACCCGCCUCACCGGAGCCGAGGCCAACAGAGAAGCCGAACGGGAGAAGGAAAUGGCUGCUCUGGUUGCUGGGACCAUUGAAGCCCAUGACGCCAAACGUAAGAAGCGGAAGAGGAGAGUUACUGCUGCAAAGAAGUUGGAUAUGGUUGGCGAGGGGGCCGAUGUUGUCAUCGCCAACGAGUCUCGCACGUACAAGAAAAAAGAGCGCCCGUGGCAGAGUGACCUGCGACAUGCUCGAUAUGCGCGUGCACUCGAUCAAGUCCUCGACAAAGACUCACCUGAGCAUUCCCCCCUCAACGUGCUCACCCUACUCCUGGCCCUCCGCCAUCGCAGCGCUCUCCAAGAUGCCUUGGAGUCUCGAGACGAGCACACAGUUCAGCCCAUAUUGAAAUGGGUUUGCAGUCACAUCUGCGACCCCCGUUAUGUUAGCGUCUGCGUAGAAGUCGGUCUCCAUCUUCUCGAGCUCUACGCAGAGUUCGUGGGUGGUUCAGCAGAGCUGCAUGAAGGCUUUAGGACUUUACACCGCCGAGUUAGGGUCGAGGUGGAGAGAGCCCAGGUAGCAUGCCAAACCGGGGGUAUGCUUGAGAGCCUAAUGGUCGGGACGCUCUAA